AUGAAAUUCAUUUUUUGUGUUGGUUUCUUCAUUCCACUUCUCUUCGCUUUUCCCGCUCCGGAAAACGAAGACAAAACUGUAAUUCUCGCUUCCAAUCAAACAUCCAACUAUUUCAGAAGAUGUGUAACUCGUUAUUCGAGUUCCUCGAUUAAUGGUGUAUCUGAAAUCAAAGUAAGAUAUGCCACUGACAAGUUUUGAUUUUCAAAAUCAAUUUCAGGAAAGGAAAAUUGUUGAAAUCAACGAGAAUUGCGAUGAAUAUUCGAAAAUUUCUUCAAAGUCACCAAAUUCUACAGAACUUGUCUUCACUUGUACCCAUAAGAAAUGCAAUGAUAAAGGAGAAGGCAAAACAAUCGACUGCAAACAAUUUGAAAGCAUUGAAUGUCUAUAA